GCGCUUUUACCUCAACGGGCAGAGAGCGCUUUUGAUUCUGGACUGUCGAUUGGCCCCACAUCCAAACUGAAAAAAAAGAAGAAAAAGGAAACAUGGCGGUGACCGGAUGCACGCAAUGCAUUAAAUAUAUGUUGUUCUUCUUUAAUUUUAUUUUCUGGCUGGCUGGAGGAGUGAUUUUAGGAGUGGCCCUGUGGCUCCGUCACGACAGUCAAACGAGCAACCUCCUCAUUCUUCAGUUUGAAGGCCAACAAGCGCCAGGGACCUUCUAUAUCAGUGUUUACAUACUCAUAGCUGUAGGAGCUGUGAUGAUGCUUGUGGGCUUCCUCGGCUGUUACGGUGCCAUUCAAGAAUCGCAGUGCCUGUUGGGAACGUUCUUCUUCUUUUUGGUCAUCCUCUUUGCCUGUGAAGUGGCUGCAGCCAUCUGGGGCUUCAUGAACAGAGACACGAUCUCCAAAGAACUGAUCAACUUCUACGACUCGGCAUACAUCAAGGCCGUGGAUGUCUCGGGAUCUCCCAGUAAAGACGCUGCCAUCAAGGUGCUGGACGUUUUUCACACCACGCUCGACUGUUGCGGUAAAGGAGAUGACACGGCGCUCUUCAAACAAGUCGUCAGCUCUUUGUGUCCAAGAAAGUCUCCAGAAGAUUUUCUGAGGUCUCAGAGCUGCCACGACAAGCUGAUCGAGCUUUUUUCCGAGAAGCUUUACCUGAUCGGCCUGGCCGCGCUGGUGGUGGCCGUCAUCAUGAUCUUUGAGAUGAUCUUCACCAUGGUGCUCUGUUGCGGGAUCCAUAACGCGCCAGCGUACUGAGCACACUUGGUCUUAAUGUUGGUCUUUUUGCAGUAACUCCUCUUUCUUAUUUUUAGAACACAGCAUGGUGGAUAGUUCUGCUUUUAUUUUUUAUUGUAUACUAAAACAUGCCGUUUGUCAUUGAUUUAUAAAGGAUAUUCUCUAUUUAUCGCAGGGCAUAACCCAAACGUCCUUUAUCUAUACAGUGUAUAUACGGUGUAUAGGCUGUGGAACACUUCUUCGAAUUCAUGCCCUUUUUAUGGAUGUAUAAAUUGUACAUAUGCACGUCUUAUGUUGAAAAUUAGAGGUCACGUUGGAUGUGUAGGUGACACGUCUCCCUGCAUUGGGACACAGUUAGACCAGCCGGGUUUCAAUCGUCACCUGCAGCCUUACUAUCGUAAUAUCACUCCGCAUCGUGUUUUCACUCAACUUUGUUUAAUAAACUACCGUUAUGCUC